AUCCCAUCAUCAAGCUCAUCGCCUCCCCGUCGGCCGGUCUGUCCCCGUCCGCCGUCGACGGGCAGCCUCGCAAUCCAACUCCAGCUCCCACCCCACUGUCUCCCUCUCCUAUUCCUGAAUCGAACAAGAGUAGAGGACAAUGCCAGCGACAUUGGCCUUUGGUGUGGCGGGAUGAACUGGAUCGAGCGCGAGGUCCUCUGACCUCAUCUACCGUGUCGCCUUCGGCCUCCACGCGCUCGAUUAGCAGGAGCACUACCUCUGCAGCUUCCUUCUGCCGCUUCUUCGCCGUUUUCCGGUCCUUCGUCGGGUACCUUUUUGUCGUCGCACUUUCUGUUGCUGUGCUGCUAUUACCUCGUAAUCUUGACUGACCUAGGCAGUUAGGGUUCCCCCUCUUCCCAACUGUGUUCCUAUGUUUUGCUUUGCUUUCUCUUGGGGUCGAACGAAAUUGGGAACGUGUCACAUUGUUGGUCUAUGAGGUUUUCACUAUGUUGCCCUUAUAGCUUUUUCUUGGGAAGGCGUCUGCUGAAAAGAUAAACAACUAUUUAAGCAAUCUGGUUGUUUUACAUCGGUUCACUAUAGAUAUAUGUUACACAAUCUUUUUUGAAAGCAAUUCGCCUUUGCAUAGUUAUCCAAAAGCUUAGAGUAAUACAGGAUAUGUGUUGCACAAGCCUUUUGUUCCAACCAAAUCUGGGUAGGCUAAAGGAAUACUGGCAGGAGCUAAAAAGUGGCUAUAAUAUGUAUGUGAGAGUAAAAUAGUAUUUGUAGUAGGAAAUAAUAGUAAAUGAAAUAUCAAUUUUAUAGUUCAUGGUUCUGGCGCAUGGAUUGCUACUUUUCAUGUACUCUUUUGCUAUUGUCAAUUAUCUUGGAUACAUCCCAUUCCUUCAAGUCCCUCUUUCGUUCUCCCUCCCAUCUCAGAUUGGCUGACCUUGCCAUCUGAGUUCCUUGGAUCAUAUUUAAUUCCAUCUGAAUUUGUUUUUGAUAAAAUGGUAUUCAUAUCUGCUCUUUUUUUAGACAAAAAUGUAGAUAGGAUAUUGAAAGAGCACUAUGCAUCCAGAUUUUGAUUUGUUUGCGUUCCUUAAGUUAUGUAUGGUAUGUGAAAAGUCUUCCUAGCUUCCUUUUUUGUUUAAUACUUUUGUCAUGUAGUUGUCAACCCAUAAUCUGAAGCCAAGGUUAAAUGUAUCCGUACGUUUUCAUGUGGGUAAUAUAGUUAACUUUCACACGCAUCUAUAUUACUUACAUGUUAUUUCCAUAUAUUCUUGGGUUUUCUGCGGAAUGUAUGGUUGCCCGGGGGUUUUUGGUUGAAAAACCUUGUGCCGCUUUCUCGGAUGGCGUCUGUGGCAUGUGCAGACAUCGUAUCUCGCCAUGGACAAUCGCUCCCUCUUGGUGGUUGUUUUGGUGUGCAGGGUGGCUCUUGGUUGCCAGUGCCGUGGUGGUCUCGCUGGCGGUUUCUUCGUUGUGGUGGUUGUAUGGUCACUUGGUCGUGUGGGUCAGUGGUUUGGUUGUAGUUAUUUGUUGUAAUUGUGGUUUUUUUUGUAUUUCACCUUCUGUAUACACAGACCAGCAGUUAGCCUGUCGGCUUCUCCUAAAAAAGAUGUAUGGAAAAGUAAUAUAGUAUUUGUAUUAGGAAAUAAUAGUAAAGGAAAUAUCGGUUUCAUAGGUCAUGGUUCUGGCACGCGGAUUGCUACUUUCCAUGUGCUUAUUUUUUUUAACGUCAAUUAUCUUUGGAUACACUCCAUUCUUUUAAGUUCCUUUUUGUUUCUUCCUUCCAUGUCAGAUUUGGCAGACCUUGCCAUCUGAAUUCCUUGGAUUCAUAUUCUAUACUGUCUGAAUUUUGUAUAAUGAAAUGGUAUUAAUAUCUGCUCUUGUUUAGGAAAAAAUGUGGAUAGUAUAGAAAUAGUAGUAUGCAUCCAGAUUUUGAUUUGUUUGCAUUCCUUUUGUUAACAGAUGUGUGGUAUGUGAAAAAUAUGUUUCUAGCUUCCCUUUUAUUUACUGCCAUUGACAUGUAGUCAAUGGUAAAUGUAGCGCUACGUUUUCAUGUGGGGACAUAUAUUUAACUUCUACAUGCACCUUUGUUAUUCACAUAUUAUUUCCAUAUAUUUUUGGGCUUUUUUGCAAAAUAUUGUGUCGCUGUCCAUGGAUUUAUAUGCAAGGGAAAGAUUACUCCAAAGGAAAGUUCCCCAAUCGCCCCACCGCCCCAUGACACACCACCUCCGAUACCAUCGAAGAAAAGAGCGGUGGAAUCGAGAAGAUCGAAGCACUCCUUUGAGCCUGAUCCCAAGACGGUUUUAGAUUUGAUAUUGACCAGUGUGGAUUCAUCCUUUCUGACCUGUUUGCAGUACUUGGGACCAGCUUCAUCUUGGCUUAUCACCCAGCACUGUUGCCGCACUCAUACAACCCACUUCAUUGUGUACGGUCCUUGCUGUUUCUCAUGGGUACCUCAAAACGUUACCUGCUUAUGACGGCCCUUAUCUUGAUUAUCAUGGUCAUAUCAGUUGCCAUGAACGCUGCACUCAUUGUGGCACUGGUAAUUAAGGACUGCGGGUUAGCUGAGUUCGUGAGAAUCCCUAACACAUCUUUUGUGCAAAUUGUGCUGGUUGCUCUUCUAUCCUUUAACUUUACAAUCUGUUUGGUAUUCAAACUACUAUGGUCUGUAAGAACUUCAGUAGAUGAGAAAAUAGACCCACAGGUCUUGUUGGAAAAUGGUCAUAAUCACAGAGUUGGUCAAAAAAAGAACCCCUCUACUGAUGCAACAGAUAUCAAUGAUCAUGUACUUGGAGAAUUAGAGGACACCAUCAAGGCUCCGGGGGCUGGACUUGACCCAGUUUUGGGCUCUGAAUGUGAAACUACACCAGAGCAAAUCAUGAUCUUCAACGAGAAUGAUGAAACAUUUGACGUUGGAGAGACACCCUUGUCCAAGAUAUCCCAAGAGCAUUUGGGUCAAACCGUCGGUAAAGAAAUUCCCAUUUCUAAGGAUUUAUGUGUUAAGCCUACUGAUCCAGUUUCAUGCCACAAUUCAUUUCCCCCCUCUGAGCAUGAAGGUAUUGCAAGGAGUCUGAUUCUUCCCUCUGGGCAACCUUCAACUUCUAAGGUCCAUUCAACAAAGAAUAUGCUUGACAUGAUAGAUUAUCUUGCUGUUGAAGGUUUUGCUAAUGGAGAAAUUGUAAGAAAUGCUGUUUCUGAUGCCUUAAGUCAACAAGUUGCUGAAUUGAUAUCCACAAGACGUAAGGAGAAAAAUGAAACCUUGAGAUUCUGUAAUGAAUAUGCUAGCAGUGUGAAUUUUAGACAAUUUCGAGAGCCUUUUUCUGCACACCUCCAGUUUGCUGACUUCCUUGAUGUCUUCUGGCGAAAUUUGUUUGACCUGCAUGGUAAAUUGACAGAAAAAGGAAAGAUCAUAAGGUUGGACCUUCUUAUUGGGCUGGAUAUUGAGGAGAAAAUCAAAAGCUGCCCGUGUUGUUUUGAUGGAACACCUGAAGGACUAUGUGGUCCUUUCAAUCCAGUAAAUUUAAGUAUCAUGAAGACACCACCUUUGUUUAAAAUCAAUAAUAGCAUAUGCCCUGAACAGGGAAAUUGCACAUUGCCUGCUGUUGUGCAUCUCAGAAAGUGCAUCAUGGACUCAUUCCUUCAGGAAGAUCGUAGUCUAUUGGAGUCUGAUGAAGUAUCAUAUUUUGUUAUGGAAAAUGAUCACAUACAAUAUGAAGUUCCCAUAUACAAAAAGCUUCACAGGAUUGCUAAAUCCAUUGGCAUGGGAAGCAACUCUACAUCUUACCGGGCCCCUUGUCCAUUGGAGGAGCUGAGUGCAAUGACAGUUUUGGUUAAAAAAUGUUCAUCACAGCAAGUAGCUCAACAGGCUUCCAAGACAAAUGUUUAUUUCUCCUACAAUGAACUGAAAGGGCUACUCUUGAAUUCUUUUCGGGCUUGUAUUCUGAAUUUAUCGAAUCUUGAGAAGGCUGAUUGGCUGUUCCAGCAUAGAGGUGGGCAUGAUGAGAAGCUUGUUGGCUUGGCUGCUGAAAUGGUGAUAUUUAGAGAUAUAUGUCCAAUCGGGGCAUUCAGUCCGAAUGCAGUAGUUGAUUCUGAUGGUAAAAUGUUCAACGUUUGCACCUCGGUCCUGGGUUGUGGAGAUGCAUGCAUAUGGCUACCUAGUCUCAUUAUUAGCUUUGGUGUUUGGUGCAUUUCGCGAAUAUUUGAAGUUCUGCUUUUAGAGAAGCAACCUGUGCUUCUGGGGGAGUAUAGUAGGGUUCUCAAUCGCCUUCAGGGUAUUCUGGUUCCAGCAUUCCUAAACCCAGUUCCACCUGUUUCCAUAUGUCCAUGCGCCAAAGCUGUGGAAAAUUCGAGGCUCCUUGAUGGAAGCCAACGUAUCAGUGCAGGAGCUGUGUUGGAGAAGCUGAUCGAAGUUGAGGCCAGGGCUGCCAUCUUUGGUCCAGAGCACGCUGGAGUCCAUGACAAAGAGAAGGAAAACCUGGAGCUCGUGCUGAACCGCUACAGAGCCUGGUUAUCCAAGGUGGUGUUUGGGGAGUAGAUCUCCUUUCUAUAAUAUCAAUAGUAAUGAAUAAAAUCUGGACUCUUCCAGCUGUGAACUGUGAUGACAGGUUUGUGUUUUCCUCUAUCGUCUAGUACCUGUAAUGGGUACAACUAGGACAAAAGCUAUGUGAUGCAAACUGUGGCGUCGUUGGUUGUGAACUGAACCUUGUAAUAAUGUGGCAACUCCUGGACCUCUGGUUAAUACUUGUGCUUCCUGA